CCGUCUGGCGCGAGCCCUCCCCCGGCGGGUCAACAACUUACGAAGAAAAAGGUCCGCAAACUCGAGCCAAUAUGAACUUUUUCCUCUCUUCAACAGACCACACCCACGUCCCCUUUCCACACACACCUUUCAACUUUUGCCGAUCUCAACGCUAGCUUGCGGCUUGAACCGUGCACUGCCCCUUUUAUCAGCGUCCUCAACGAGUUCGCAUCAACCGCGUUUUCUCACUUAUACACCUGACUUGCUUGUCCUUACCUUGAAUCAUGCCCCCCCGGACAGAAUCGAAGACCGCGUCUGAGAAACCCGCCAAAAAGACCAAGUCAUCUGGCUUCGGUGGAAGGAAGAAACUCAGCGCGUUCAACAAAUUCAUGCAAACUGAAAUGGCUCGGUUGAAGGAGGAGGAACCCGACAUGUCUCACCAAGACAGGUUCAAAUUAGCAACGUCCAACUGGAAGACAGCCAAAGAAAACCCGAGGGCUGCUACAUGAUUCCUAUAUUACUGUGACCCCCAUCGCUACGAUCGAUUACUGCUUUGCGCUUUCCUCGUUCCUUUGCCUCCUGUUUGUUUAUUGCCGCUCGCUUCCGUCGUUUACAUUUGACUGUUAAGCUGCGCCGAGUAUUAUUCAUAUCGCCUGUCAUUCUUUCUGUAGCCCUCUGAAUUCUGUGCUGUUUAGGGUCUUCGUUGUCAUUCUGUUUAGUGUUGCUACUAAUUUUCACCGUAUUCACACUGCUAGUUGACUUUGCAUCGCAAUUAUUUGUUGCUCUCC